UGGUGGCAUUGCUCCCGAAUCAUUGACCUUUACCCCUUUGGAUGACAUGGUCUUCCUGAAGUGGGAGGAGCCCGUGGAGCCGAAUGGACUGAUUACUCAGUAUGAGAUUAGCUACCAGAGCAUCGAGUCCUCCGACCCGAGUGUCAACGUGCCGGGCCAGCGUCGCACCGUGUCCAAGCUGCGGAACGAGACGUACCACAUGUUCUCCGGCCUGCACCCCGGCACCACCUAUCUGGUGUCUGUGCGCGCCCGGACCUCCAAGGGCUUCGGUCAAACUGCGCUCACCGAAAUCACCACCAACAUCUCUGCUCCUACAUUUGACUAUGAGGAAGUCCCCUCCCCAGUCAGCGAAUCAGAGAACACCAUCACAGUCGUGCUCCGCCCAGCUGUGGGCAGAGGUGCACCUGUCAGUGCGUACCACGUGGUGGUGGUGGAGGUGGACGGCUCGCGGCAGGUGCGGAGGAGAGAGCUAGGCCCGCAGGACUGCUUCCCCGUGCCCCUGUCCCACAGCGAGGCCCAGGCCAAGGGCGUGCCCAACUACUACACGGCCGAACUGGCCCCUGACAGCCUGCCCGAGGCCUCCGAGUUCACUGUGGGGGACAACCACACUUACAACGGCUACUGGAACUCGCCGCUCGACCCCUCCAAGAACUACCUCAUCUACUUUCAGGCCGCCAGCCACUUCAGAGGGGUGAGGGAUCUGACUUUCUUAGUUUUGUUUUACUGUCUACAAUUGGAUGUAUUGCCACAUUGUUAGCAUAGCUAAUGCAAUACCAUUUUAAUCCUCUGUACUUAAAUCACCAUUGCGCUAACCCUUG